AUGAGUACACAAAUUGGAAGUAUUUAUUUAAAUAAUGUUUAUCUAGAAUUUAGUUUGUUUAAUAAUUUUUUAAAGGAUUUAAACCGAAAAAUAAAUUGUAGCCAUAAUGAAAAGUACACGCAUAUAUAUGAUAGUUGUAUCGAAAAUGCAUAUAAUAUACAUAAUAAAUUUCAUGCAUGGAACCAUAAUAAAGAAGAAAUUGAUGAAAAGUAUAUAGAAUACUUUUCUCAAAAUUUUAUUAUAAAUAUUAAAAACUUUUUAAGGGAUAAUUUUUGUUACAUAGAUGAAAAUCUGGAAAACUUAAGAAAUAGGAAUAAAAAAUUAAUUGAAAAAUUAAAAGUAGGGUUAGAAAAUGCGGAGAAUCAAGAAAAUUAUAUAUACGAGUUAGAAAAGAGCUUAAAAUGUGAAAAAGAAAAAAAUCGAAAUAUUUAUAAUUUGCAUGAGAAAUUAAAUACUUUAAUUGAAGAAAAUGAAAAACUGAAAAAUAAAAAUGAGCAACUAGAAAUGUCCUCAUGCAGAAAGGAAGAAGAAAAUAGUAAAAUAAAGAUCGAAUUAAAAAAAUUUUUGUCUCUACAGGAAAAAAAAAAAAAGAUAUAUGACAAUAGCAAACAUUGUUAUAGCAUCUUAAACAGAAGCAUGAGUACAUUAUUUAAUAAAAUAAAUAGUAACAUUCAAAAGUACGAAAUUGAUAAAUUAGUAUUACAAAAGAGAAGUUACAGUUAUAAUUUUUUGUAUACUUUAAAAAAUAUUAUGCUUUAUGAUAAUGAUCAUAUAAAAAGUAAGUAUCGUGGAAAAAUUUCUGAGAAAAGGGAAAAUAAUGCCUUACAAACCUGCACAAUAGCGGAAAAUUACAAAUUUAAUGAUAAUCGUAAUAUCAUUAACAAUAAUAAUAAUAACAAUGGCAGUAAUAAUAGCAGUAACAAUAGCAGUAAUAAUAGCAGUAAUAAUACUUGUAAUAAUAAUAGCAAUAUUAAUUGUAAUAGUAAUAACAAUAAUAGUAAUAACAAUAAUAAUAAUAACAAUAAUAAAAACAAUAAUAAUAACAAACAUAAUAACAAAUAUAAUAACAAAUAUAAUAACAAAUAUAAUAUAUAUGAUAAAAUCAGGAAAAAAGGAAGUCAUCAACAUUUUUAUAAACUUGUUCUAACUGAUGGAAUGUUCAAAAAUCUGAAUAGUUCUAAUAAUUUUUUAUUAAGGGGAGGAGACAAAAGAGGAAUAUGUAGAAAUGCGUUAAGUGUUUAUAAAAUUUACAAUAACAUCGAUUUAACAUGUACAGAUAAUUGUGAUAAUAGCUUAUAUGAAAGGAUGCAAUAUUUAAGUAAAGAUAUCACUAAAUACGAAGGUGCAAAUAAUGAUUAUUUUGUUACAAAUAAAAACAAGUUAAAAAAAUUUUGCGGUGUUAAUAAUUAUUACGUUUCCACAGGAAAAUUUUUGUCUUCUCACAGUGAAACCUUAUUAAUGAACGAAGGAAGAGCAUUAAGGAGUAAGAGAACUUUUCUAAUAAAUUCAAUACUUAAAAAGCGUAUUCGAAGAAAUAAAAGAAGAAAAAAGGAAAACUUAAAAAUGUUAUUAAAAUUGAAGCAAAAUAGCACUUUUAGAGCUAAUGUUGGUAAUGAAGGUGAACAUUUGCAUGCCAUAAACAUGAUAAUAGAAGACUACAGAUGUACAAUUAGCAAUUUUUACGAGUGCAUAAAAAAAGACAUCGCAGUUAUUAAGAGGGAUAAUAACAUAAACCUUGAUAAUUUCUCUAAGUACUUCAAAAAUAUAAUAGAGGAAAUAGAAGAAGAAAAGAAUACAUUAAAAAAAAAAAAAAUUGACAAAAUUACAAGAAAGUACCUACGUCAAAUAGAUUCGUACAAGUUACGGGAAAAAGACUUUUUUCAAAAUGUGACAAAUGUAGAAAACAAAAGUGACAAAUAUUUCAACUUAACUUAUAACAAAUAUGAUUCAUUUGAUUUACGUAAAGUUUUAAAAAAUAAUUAUGAUAAAGAACAAGACUUCGAUAGUGACAAUGAAGAACCGUUUUCUUUUAACUUCUACGAAAAUAGAAAUAUACGAAUUAUCGAUAGAUUAAAAGAUUUAAAAAGUAACAUAUCAUUUUUCAAAUUAUACGAUUUAAUUGAUUUCCCUAGUAAAUAA